CCCCUCUCACUCACUCCCCUCUCUCUCGACGUCCUCGGUGGAGAGCAGUGCGUGUACAGCAGUGUGUGUGUGUGUGUGUAUCAGUGAGGAGCACCAUGCCGACACACACAGCCCGGGCCACUCUCUCUCUCAUCGCCGUGUUCCUUCUGCUGGACGCCAACAAAGUCAGAGGAUCCGUAAUCGGAGAAAGACAGAGGGAUGAGGAGGAGAGGCACAAUGACACCGCAACAGCCCCUCUACAGGUCAUGGUAAUCCCCUCACAUGUACAGAUCCAGGCAGGACAGAGGAAACGCGUCCUGUGCAGAGCGACGGGGAACGCCGAGAGCGUCGUCUGGAUCGGCCCCGACGGAGAGAGCGUCUCGGAAAACGACAAGAACAUCAAAGCGCACAGACACGAUGAGUCCACCAGCUCGCUCGUCAUCAUCUCGGCUCAGGUGGAGGACGCCGGCGUGUACGCGUGCGUGGCCGAAAACACGCACACGCACGCCACGGCGCAGGCCGAGCUCAACCUGGAGGUCGUGUUGAAGCGAGCCCGCAGAAAAGCGAAAGAGGAACGAGGGAAAAGACAGAAAGAACCCAAACCCACAAAGAAACCCAAGGGUGUGAAAACCACCAAGAAGCCCAAGACUGAGAAGAAAGACAAGAAGAAGAAAGGGAAGAAGAAUAAAGAGGUUACCACUUUACCUCCCACUACCACCACCACCACCACCGAACCGCCCACCACUGAACCGCCCACCACCGAACCGCCCAUGACCACCCUUCCUCCAAUCGAUUACGACGACGAGUUUGUGGAUCCUUUUCCAGAUGACUACUGGGACGAAGCGUACGUGACCGAGGAAACCAAAACCACCACAGUACCCCCUGAUUCCCCAACACAGAAACCUACAGACGAUCGUGAAGUCUUCCCAACAGAUGACUAUUCGCAGCCUGACCUCGACCCCGAUGAUGACUACUGGAAGGUUGAUGAUCCUGAACCCACACUCCCAGUGAUUGGCGGCAAAGGCAAAGAAGAAGAUGAUUAUUGGGACCCUACAUUCGAGGUGCCAGAAAACAUACCGUUCCCAGACGGUAAAGAGAUCAACCCGACUGACCGUGACUGGAGUUACACCAUUACAGAGGAGCCCACGGUCGCAACGUAUGAAAACAAGUGGUACGAGGAGUAUGACUAUGAGCACGAGAAGAAAAAGGACGACGAGCAGGAGAGACUGGAGAGAGAGAGGGAGAGAGAGUGGAAGGAGAAGGAGGAGAGGGAACGGGAGGAGAGAAGGAGGGAGGAGGAGGUGGAGGAGAGAGAACGCAGGAUCAAAAAACCUCCACGCAUCUACAGAGAGCCGAGACUAUGUCCUCCACUGGGACUGGAGUCUCAUCGCAUCGAAACCGACCAGCUGCAAACCUCCUCCAUGUAUCAACAUCGCUACGGCGCUCACAGAGCUCGCCUUAACAUCCAGGCGUCAGGAGACGAGUACGAUAUGAACGGAGGAGCGUGGUGCGCUAACCCCGAGGAGAAAGUCCACUGGAUCGAACUGGACACUCGCACACUCACCGAGUUCACCGGGGUCAUCACACAGGGCCGAGACGACCCCAUCGAAAACGAUUAUGUCACUACCUACUACGUGGCCUUCAGUAAUGACAGCAGGGAAUGGACUGUGCUCCAUGAUGGAUACUCGGAAUGGCUGUUCUUCGGGAACUCUGAUAAACACACCCCCGUGAUGUCUCAGUUCAUGGAGCCGGUGGUGGCGCGCUACAUCCGCAUCCUUCCCCAGAGCUGGAACGGCACCGCGUGCAUGAGGAUGGAGGUCUUGGGCUGCGCUGUGCCUGAUCCUCUCGUUGAGAACCAGAGGCAGAACGAGGUGACUCCGAGAGAUGACCUGGACUACACGUACCACAGUUACCUGGACAUGGAGAAGUUGAUGAAGUCCAUUUCAGACGAGUGUCCCAACAUCACCAGGUUGUACAGCUUGGGGAAGAGUUUCAAAGGCCUAGAUAUCUACGCCAUGGAGGUCACAGAUAAUCCCGGGAUCCAUGAGACGGGUGAGCCGGAGUUCCGCUACACAGCCGGUUACCACGGUAACGAGGCUCUGGGUCGAGAACUCCUGUUGAUGCUAAUGCAGUACCUCUGUAAGGAGUACAAAGACGGAAACCCCCGAGUGCGCACCCUGGUGGACGGAAUACGCAUUCACCUUGUACCCUCGGUCAACCCCGAUGGCCAUGUGACGGCUUUCGAGAAGGGGUCUGAGCUGGGCAGCUGGACGCUGGGCCACUGGACUGAGGAUGGACAUGACAUCUUCCAGAACUUUCCAGACCUCAACACUGUGUACUGGAAUGCAGAGGACAAAGGCAUGGUGCCCAAAUUGACUCCAAAUCACCAUGUGCCCAUUCCUGAUGGCUAUCUGGCUGAAAAUGGACCCCUAGGAGUGGAGACACGGGCCCUCAUCUCCUGGAUGGAAAGCCACCCAUUCGUCCUAGGAGCCAACUUGCAAGGCGGAGAAAGGAUGGUCACCUACCCCUUCGACAUGCGUCGCCUCACCAAAGAGUCUGAGGAGCAGGAGAAGAAGCUCAAUCCCAGGGCUUAUCGUCGCAAGCGCCAGUAUGAGGAAGAGGAAGAACCAGAAUCAAAUCCAUACCUCCACAUCGGGUACCAUCAAGAGAGCUAUGGUGACCACCAAGAAAGACACGGUUACCAUCAAGAGAACUAUGGCUACCACCAAGAAAAUUACGGAUACCAUCAAGAGAACCAAGAAUACCACCAUCAAGAAAACCAAGAAUACCACCAUCAAGAGAACCAAGAAUACCACCAUCAGGAGAACCAGGGGUACCAUCAUGAGGGUCACUCUGAAGGGUACCAUGAAGGAUAUCAGGAAGGAUACCAGGAAGGGCACCAAGAGGAAGGCUAUGACCAAGGGUAUGGACAGGCAGAACCAGAUGAGAUCAGGAUGGUUGAGGACCAGUCCUUGUUCCGCUGGUUGGCCAUAUCUUAUGCUUCUACUCACCGCACGAUGACCCAUACGUUCCGGGGUGGGUGUCAUACCGAGGACCCCACGGGUGGGAUUGGAAUUGUCAACCGUGCCAAAUGGAAGCCUAUUCCAGGAAGUAUGAACGAUUUCAGCUACCUACACACUAACUGUUUUGAGUUGUCCAUCUUCCUGGGCUGUGAUAAGUAUCCCCAUCAGAGUGAGCUCCAGAGAGAGUGGGAGUACAACAGAGAGGCUCUGCUCACACUCAUGGAUCAGGUGCACCGGGGGAUAAAGGGGGUUGUCCGGGACAAGGAAGGGAACCCCAUUGUAAAUGCCAGUAUCUCUGUUGAAGGAGUCAAUCAUGAUGUCACCACAGGUGAGGCCGGCGAUUACUGGCGCAUGCUGAAUCCUGGCGAGUAUGAGGUGACGGCAAAGGCCUACGGCCAUUCCUCCAUGAGCCGAAAGUGCGUGGUGGGUUUCGAACCAGGCGCCACCCUGUGCAACUUCGAACUGAACAAAUCCAACUGGGACCGCAUCAAAGAGAUCAUGGCUCUCCAUGGCAACAAACCCAUCCGACUGAUCAAUCCUGGAAAAGGCAGUCAGUAUACCUUCCGCGGCGACAGAAGGAUCAGCAACCAGAUUCCUAAUGGUAACAGUGGACAUACUGACCGAGCCCGUCUGCGACUCUUAAGGCUCAGGAAGCUUCGUCGGUUGCGGCAACAGCGGCUGCUGGCCAGGAUGUCAACUACACCAAGCGUGACGACAACACUGCCACCAACGACCGCAGAACCCACCACCACCACCACCACCACCACCACCAGCCCCACCACAACCAACAGUGUUCCUCCAGGCACAGAGUACUUCACACCAUGGUAUGACUCAUGGCAGCCGGAGGAGGAAAACUCCACCCAACCAGAGUUCGAGAUCACAGACUCGUUGGAUUACGACUAUAACUUCAAGAUCGAUGAUUACUGAGACAGUCCAAGGGUCAUGGAUGAGUCUUACAGAAUGCAGAGUGCUACUUCCUCCUUCUUCUGCAGAUUCAACCAGCACGGACAAGCGCUCAUGGAAAGUUCUUGAACCAUCAGAUAACGGGUUCUGAAGGAAGUACUUACGGAAGGGUUUCGUAAUCCGAGCGCUCUACCUAGAACUUACUUUAUUUUAACUAACACCAUUCAACAUGCAAACAGGACUCUCUGGAUCAGCACGGUUGGACUUUAUGGAAAGUUUGAUCAGCCAGUUGCAAACCUGAUCAUGUGACACAACGACAGUCUCCUUUUUACUUACUUGGUAGUGCUUGGCAUAAAAAAACACAACUUUAACCUGCACAAUUUAUUUGUUAAGCCUGAUUUAACCAACUAUCUAAACAAACACCACAUUAGCUACACUUGCUAGGUGUCUACAGUCCUGCUUUCUAGCGAACUGUGCAGUGUGUGAGGUCACAUGAUCAGGUUGACGCGCAAAUCUGACUGAGCAAAUUUAACGUAAGCUCCGCCCCUUUCUGACCAAGAGACAGCCGUCACAAUAUAAACUCGUCUACGCUGUUUUUGUUAGUUUUAAAUAAUGCAUUUUAACUGUAAACAUUUUGCAUUAGAUAACUGACAGAAUAAAGCUAGUUGCUGUUGGCGUACAUGAAGCUGUACUCGUCAGUGGGCUACAGCGUUUGUUUUUCGAAUGCAAUAACAGGUUACAGAUGUGUUCGUUAACAGCUCCUCUGCAGCCUGCCACAUAUUUAAUUUUUUUCCCUUCUUGCAAUUACACUGGGCUCUAACUUCAGAAACUUCCCCGACCCGCACGCUUCCCACAGAGCCAAAACUGAACAUUUAUACAAAAAAGUGACUUUAUUUACACUUCUUUCACACAAGUAAGCAACUCUGUCAGCACUGCACAUGUCUACAGGAGGCGUUUCUCUCAGAGAGACCUCGAGGUCGAAUGGACUUCUUGUUUCAUCCAAUAAAGGCUUGUUUAUGGAUUUUUUUUCAA